AUGAAAUACUCAUUAGUUGAACUAAGUGGCUUACCAGAUGAAAUUCUGUUGAUGAUUUUGAAAAUUUUACCCAAGCAUGAAGCAAUCUAUAAAUGUACAAGUCUCAAUAAACGAUUCAAUAGAAUUUUACAUGAUUCAACUUUUACAAAUCGUUUAGCAUUAUUGACAUAUAGAUGGAACCUUUUUAUGAAUUCAUUACCUGACUCUAUGCUUGACCAAUUUUGUCAACAAAUUUUACCCAAAAUUCAUCAUAAAAUCCAAUGGCUUAAACUUGAAUCAUCAUAUAUGAAACGUAUACUUCUCGCUAUCAAUACUAUUCCAACUUAUAUGAACUUAGUUUAUAUAAUCUUAACUUAA